AUGUUUGCGGGUAGUGUUUGCGUAAUUUAUAAAAGUGUCACAACAAAAAAAAAUUUUUUUCUUUUUCUUUUCACCAACAGUUAUGCUCUAGCCAUGGCAUAUACAGAUGAGAUUCAACUAUAUAAAACCAAACUUGAUGAUAUUUUAGCGAAAAAGUAUAUUGACCAGUCGUUAUUGGUUGGGUUUACUGCGUCGUUGCAAGCCAAGUUUUAUGGGUGGAUUGUUGCCGACUUGGAUAGGUACCACCACAAUUUGGGGUUGCCGUUUCGUACCAUUGAUUUGUUUGAGACGUUGUGGGCAGAUUUUCAUUCGCCGAUUAUCAAGUUUUUCCAGCACCAGCAUGCCGUUGUGUUUGAAGAGAUUAACAACAACCUCAAAGAGUGUCAACGGGAAGGGAAACCGGGGAGUUUUAAAGUCAAGCCAGUGGAGAUGAGGAAGAUUAACGAUAGUUUUAUCAAGUUUAUCAAGGAUGUGUUUGGGUUUUAUUCGAAAUUGCUAAAGUAUUUUGUUACGCACUAUAGGAACUCGUACUUGCCAAAGAAGUUUAUGGAGUCGUUUAAUUUUACGGUCGAGAAACUGGCGGUGUAUUGUGCUGACGAUAAUUUCCAGGCCAAUGUAUUGUACCUCGUGCACAGGUGCUGUUUGUCGUUGGGGGAUAUACACCGACACCGGACAUUUAUAGAGACGAGUUUUGUCACGCCGGCGUCGUCGAACAGAGAGUAUUUCCGGAUCCGGUCAAGCACUGACAAGACGUUUUUGUUUCCGGCGUACUCCAAGGCGUUGCAGUACUACCAUUUGUGCAUUAUGUUGUUGCCGGCGUUGAACGAGCCGUAUAACCAUAUUGGGGUGAUCUACAACUUGGUCGAUGAAAAGUUUACUGCCGUAUACUGGUUUUUGCGGUCGCAGUUUACGCGGAUCCCAGACUACAAGUUGGGGCUUGCCAAUUUGACCAAGUUGUUGCAGAAACACUGGUUUACGACGGCGUUGGUGGAUAUUGUCAAGUCGACGCCAGAACGGCGCUUUAGCAACACCAGGAUAAUGAAUGUGUACUUGGUGUGUUUGAUUGGGUAUAUAUAUUGUCCGGAAAAGUACAAGAGUGGCCCCAAUAUUGUCAAGAAGAUUCUGUUUUCUAAGAUUGAGACAGACUUUUUCAAGAUGUUGGACAAGAAUUUUGAGGAAGAGGUGGUGUUGCAGCAGCUUGUGGUGGCGUUUUCGUUUUUAAAGUUGGAUGGCCAAGAAAAGUUAGUAAAGUUUACGUUUAGGUUUGUGGAGAGGGUAUUGGGGUGUUUGAAAACCCAGGAGUCGUUGGUGAUUCUAAGGUUUUUGUUGAAUGUAUUGCGUGAGAACCAAGAGUUUUUGAAGGUGUUUCAGUCGCGGAAAAAGUGUGUGGUGUACUUGUGUGCGGUGUUGAAUAAGUACUACCAGGAGGUUAGUCACCGCCCGACGCGUGCCUACUAUUUCUGGGAGGAUGUGCAUUUCCGGGACUUUUCGUUGAUCAAGUACCAGUUUAAGGAUUUUAGAGACGAUGGGAUAUUUGAGGCGAAUGAUAUAGAUGUGUUGGUCGGGGAUUAUGCGGGAGAUAGACUGAAUGAGAAUGAUCUACGUGCUAAGGCGGUGUUGGUGCUAGGCAAGAAAAUAUUAGGUGGGGCCGAAGGGUAUGAAGUGAAGGAGGCCGAUAAGUUGUCUAUCAAGAGACGCGACCAGGCUGUGGUGGUGCCGCAGUCUCUUGAAGAAAUCCAGCUGCUUAUAUCGAACCAGGCAAAGGAACUUUGUAUGGACAUUGACCAAGGCAUGCAAAAUAUGGUUGACAAACUAGUAGAAGAUGAUCCGAUCUGGUGA